AUGCGCAUUGCCAACUUCAUCGCUCUUUCCGCCCCCUUGGCGUUCAUGGCUCAAGCCCUCAAGGCUCCCAUUGAAGGAUACAAUGUCUGGGAGCCUGAAUGGGAAAUUGAUGGCGAACACUUCAAUGGCUCCGUCCAAGAAGUUGUUCGCCAGCUUGAGGCCAUGAGGCCUGAGAUGGUGCACGCUUUGCACCUUGAGGCAAACUAUUCCUCCGUGCUAGCCAACGAUCCGACGGAUCCGUUGCCUUUGGGAGACUUCGACGUCCAGUGUCAGAAACUCAAAGAAGGAAGUGUCUCAGCAUGGUGGGAUGGCAUCAAGUACUUGCGCAGGGUCCCCGGCAAACCUGUGGGAGGUCAAGGCCCUGGAAGCUGUGGCCGUGUCAGUUGCUCCUGGAACAUGGGUAUCUGGUUCUGCAACGAUGAUACAAAGCAGAAGAUUCUUGACACCUAUCGCCACAUUGCCGAUGGCGCGGAAGCUGCCUACAGGAAGUGUACUGGGCCGCCGUACUUCGAAUACUUGGCCAGUGGGCAAGCCUUUCACAAAACCGACAACUGGAAUGUUAUGGUCCAAGCUGUCGACUACAGGGAUGACAGUCAACGGUGCUGA